GUGAAAAGAAAAGGCUUUGGUUACUACAAAACAAUAACUGAUGUGGCGAGUAAAUUAAGACUGGCAUUUUUUCUCAUGAGACAAAUCUCUUAGAUCUUUAAGUUCAAUCAUAUGGGUCUCGUGGUACUUGGAUAGAUCAGAUAUCUUCCUGUCUUUGCAACAGUGCGAAGCUGUGAUGAGCGAAGUUGGAUGAGCUGAGCCGGCUGAAUCAAAGAAAUCAAAGAUACAUGAACUGUGAGGCAUACGCUGUUCACGAUGAAGAUCUCGACCAAGAGAAACCUUGGAAUCGCCGCGUGCCUUAUCGUCAUUACGAUAGUGGUGAUGUACUCUUACUGUGGUGGUCGUUCGUUCUGCUACUCUUUCCCCUUCUUUAACCAUGUGGGCAGCAAUCAGCUGGUAGUGACGUCACUAAUCGUGGAUCCGGCCGAAGAAGAGCAUAAGGGAGGCUCAACAUCGCUUGGAAGAAAAGGUACCCUCCAUUUCUACAUCAAACAUGAUCCGUCCUUUGGCAAAGAGCACACAAGCGACACUAAACCUGACAAGUUUGAUGAUGACUCAGGCUGGGACCCACCAAGAACACGGACCCACAGACUGCGCCCGCCUUCGGACAUCACAGGAAAAGUUGCCGAGGAGAUCCUCCGCCGAGCAAAUGUUUCAGAGGAAGAGGCUAACAAGGAGCUAAUCAGAGUCGAGAAAGUAGACGAAAAAGUCGAUCGCGAAAUACCCAAAACAAAUACAUCGUUCAAGUCUUCUAAGAAAGGUUUGGUCGUUUCUAAGAAUAAAGGUUACCCUAGAAAAAUAAACUUUCCAUGGCAUAUGACACUGAGCAAGAAUAAGCAGGUCGUAGAUGGACGGUGGUUUUGGAGUAACAAAAAGGGAAGGAAAUCUGAAAAUACAACAAGGGGUAAGCAAACAGGCGAAUCUAGAGGGAUAUAUCGUAUCAACACAAUUGAAGUUCCUCGAAGACGAUACAAGAGUCAGUCUCGCAACUAUGACAACACGCACUCCACGCAUACGUCAAACGGCACACAUCAACACGUGCACCAAUCAGCAAAAAGAAAGGUUCCAGUGAAAGCGCCUAAAGUCAGAUUAGAUGGGACAAACGAAGAAUCCAGCUCAUGGCUACAAGAGGAAUCAGGAGAAACGGAACCGUCCGGAAAUGGUCAUACUAAAGAAUUCCACACAAAAGGCGGGUCAUCAAUAAAGAGUGGAAAUUCUACUACGAGCAGAUCCCUAUCGAUAAACCAACAAAGUGCCGCAUUGAAGAACAAUUCCACGAGGGGUGGGGCGGCGGAUGAGGUCUCGUUUCACCAUCUCUUAGCGUACAUCAGUAACUUGGAGAAACACCGGACCCAGUCAAACCUGGACAAAGCCGUCCAUAAAGACGAGACGGACUUGUAUGAUCAACUCGUCUCCCUGAGGGACUCUUACAAACGCGGUUCUUUUAACCUCACAAAAGCCUUAAGUGAACUGGUGGGUAAUAACACUCGCGUGGGCUUCGUGGAUAACACGCGCGAGAGGCUACGCAAUGCAGGAUUGGUGCUUAAAAGGCGGGACUUUGUCGGGAGUGACAGGGAAUUGAUCAGGACUAAAAGAGAGCCUGGCUAUCUUGAUAAUGCAACAGGGGAAAAGACCUUGGAGUUACGCAGACGAAGUAGCGAGAAGGAACUUAUAAGAGUUAAGAGAAUCUCAGAGGAACAAGAUGAUGAUGAUGCUGGUAGUACAACAAAGAUGCAUAAAAGAUCGUCACUACCAGACUCUACUAAGAGAAGCAACACUAGUCAAUAUAACAUGCCAAGUGAACAAGGAAAUAAUAAUAAUGUGAGUUAUGGUAGUGGUACAGCGAUGGUUUAUGGGAAUGUGGUACAAGGAAGUCCGUCACCUGAUUCUUCUAAGAGGGUCCACACUAAUACAUUAAUUCACGGUUUUCACAACAACACCUCAAGUCACCGACAAGCUAAUGUGGGGAGAAAUCGUACCACAGCGAAGGCGCAUAGAGGCAUGACGCGAAGAAAGCUUUCACCAAGUAUCACAGUCUUUACUAAGAUUAGUAACACUAGCAAAUAUAUUGACGGCGACGCGCCAAGUCACCAACAAAAGCUAGAUGGGGCGAAAUCAAUGAGAGACGGCAUGAACAGUGCGAACAACAACAAAAGGAAUACAACAAAAUUGUCUGAAACUGGGGCGAUGACAGCCCAAGAAAAUACAGGUGUAGUAAUGAAAGUAGUAUCUAACUCAGUUGGUAAGGUAAUUACAGCACAACUUGAGAGUCCUGUGGCGCAACGUAAUGAGAGGGAUCUGGUGCGAGACAAGAGAUUUGAUGUCGACGAUUAGCCAUAGGUCUAUCAACGUAUCACGUGAACAAAUUCCUCUUGACUUCCAUGUCAAGGUCACAUAAUGCCAAAGGCAGGGUGAGAUGGGCCGAGCAUGUAACAAGUUGUGCAUUAUCACAUCAUGUGAUCCAAAUCGACCAAUCGGGUCGCGUAAAGACAAACGCAAAUAAUGACGAAGAAGAUACAACCGAAUCUUCUGAAAAUAAAUAAAGAUAGAUCAGCCUAGUCCCUUGGAUUCUGCACGAGGUUACUUUGGAUGGCCGUGAGAUUAGAGGGGAGAUGAGAGAGAUGACUUCAUAUUAACCACAGGGAACCCUAAACACCACAGGAAUCCCGAAAGAACACAAGGAACUAGGCGUAGUUUGGCCGAUGUGGUGCUUAGCCAUCGUAGUCAAUACAAAUGAAUGCGCUUUACAAACUGAGGCAUAAGAUAUCCAGAGGGGGCUACAAAAGUAAGGAGCAAAAUCAGAAAACAAACAAGGAUCUUGGUCAUCAAGAUUUCUUUCCCGAUCCCAUUCUUAUAACCUGCAUUAUAAUAUACUAUGUUUCUGACUUUGAUUUCUAUCUGCAUUCAUGACGUAUACCAAUCUAUUUGCCGCUACGCAGGCUAAGUAACAAUGGCCACUUAGGCCUUGAACAAACGGCGUUCUUCUGGUGUAUCGUUUCAAAAUUAAUAUAAUACAAUACAAUAAUCUUUAUUUAUAGAUUAUUGAUAAACCGUUCCAAAUGCAAAUUCAAAUAUUUACUUAAAACAAAUGAUACAUUUGCAUUUGGAACGGUACAUCAAAAGAACGGCGUUUGUUCAUAGCCUAAAUAAGAAUAUUUUCGUUUAGUAUCAGCUGUGUUCUUGUGAUCGUGUAUAAUGACUGCAACAAAAGUCUACUACAUGUACACAUAACAAUAAAGGCACCAUCCAAAUA